ACGCGCAGUGAAUUCCUGGUGCUGGUCUCGGAAGCAUCACCCCUCCAUCCCCGUAACCGAUCUGAGACUGACAUGGUCACCUGGGGAAGCAUCUUCAUAGCGUCGACAUUCUCCGGGAGGAUCCACUCUGUAGAAUGUGUAAUGAGCAGGAGGAAAACUGCUGAACACUUACUCUUUGAUUGUCCUGCAAUAGUAAGGGAGCGGUAUGCCAUCUUUAGUAGUCUGGACAGGAGUGGUGAAUUUCCCCAGGAGGACCUGAUCGUGACCCCGUGUGCUGUGACAGAUCACACAACAGCCAGAGUACAACAACAGGCUGUGGCCACACUGCUGGACGUGGCAGCUUCUGGCUCAGGAGGUCCAGGCUGUGCCAGAGCCAGUGUGGAAGAGAUAGACUGCCUGCUGGGAGCCUUGCAGAACCCCUCCCAGGUCGUACGAGACAGCGGCUUGAGGGGGCUCACAGUAAUGGUACCAGCUCUACCCAAACAGUCUGAGAACCCGGAACUUUACUUGAGGCUGACCAGGAGGGUAUGGGUGGCCAAGUUCGAUGUCGCCGAAGAAAAUCGGGAGCUAGCAGACAAGCUGUGGCAGCAGGCCAGGCUGCAGUACGACACCCAGACUCUGUGCGACUGUCUGCUGGGAGACGUUAUACACACCCGGUCCCUGUGAUCCAGGAGGCAGGGGGCUCAGGCUCUGGCCACACUACUCAAGCAGUCCGGACCUCACCUCACCGACGUAGUGCUCAAGAAACUGCUCAACAUUUACCACGAGAAACUGGCGCUAGUGCCUGCCAAGCUGGACAGUCUCGGCCGUGUGAUCGAGCAGCCGAUAGACACGUGGGAGCCACGCAGCGGUGUGGCACUGGCCCUGGCACAGUUGGCUCCCCUGCUGUCCCCACCGCUCGUCUCGGAACUGGCCACCUUCUUCGUCUCCACAGGACUCGGGGACAAGAGCGGCGAGGUGCGCAAGAACAUGCUGGCCGCUGCACUGGCUGCGGUCGACCUUCACGGCAAGGAAACGGUGAACAGCCUAUUGCCCGUGUUCGAGGAUUUCCUGGACCGAGCCCCGGACUCUGGAAGUUUCGAUGCUGUGAGACAGUCUGUUGUGAUCCUGAUGGGCUGCCUCGCCCGCCAUCUCGACCGAGACGACCGCAAAAUCAAACCGAUCGUUGGGAAACUUAUAGACGCGCUCUCUACACCUUCACAGCAGGUCCAGGAGGCUGUGGCCAACUGUCUGCUGCCCCCACUGGUGCCGGCGAUGAAGGAGGAUGCACCCGCACUGGUACAGAAGCUGCUACACCAGCUGCUGGAGUCGGAGAACUACGGAGAGCGCAAGGGUGCAGCGUAUGGGCUAGCUGGCCUCGUCAAGGGCAUGGGCAUCCUGGUUCUGAAGCAAUUGGAUAUCAUGAGUACACUCACCACCGCCAUACAGGACAAGAAGAACUACAGGCACAGGGAAGGGGCACUGUUCGCAUUUGAGAUGCUGUGUCACGUGCUGGGCCGACUGUUUGAGCCGUACAUCGUGCACGUCUUGCCGCACUUGCUGCUAUGUUUUGGUGAUGGCAGCCAGUAUGUUCGCGACGCCACAGAAGACUGCGCACGUGUCGUCAUGGGCAAGCUGUCGGCUCAUGGAGUCAAGCUGGUGCUGCCCUCACUGCUGGCUGCACUGGAGGAGGACUCGUGGCGGACCAAAACUGGUUCUGUGGAGCUGCUAGGAGCAAUGGCGUUCUGCGCACCCAAGCAGCUGUCGUCCUGCCUGCCCAACAUCGUGCCCAAGCUAAUAGAAGUGCUCAGCGACUCCCACAUCAAGGUGCAGAAGGCAGGAGCUCAGGCACUCAAGCAGAUCGGCUCAGUCAUCCGUAAUCCUGAGAUCCAAGCGAUCGUGCCCGUGCUGCUAGAAGCCCUACAAGAUCCAAGCCACAAGACCGCUACCUGCCUACAAACGCUGCUGGAUACACAGUUCGUGCACUUCAUCGACGCACCGUCACUCGCGCUCAUCAUGCCUGUGGUGCAGCGUGCAUUCAUGGACCGGUCCACCGAGACACGUAAGAUGGCGGCCCAGAUCAUCGGCAACAUGUACUCACUUACAGACCAGAAGGACCUGACGCCGUACCUGCCCACUAUCAUUCCCGGGCUCAAGUCCUCCCUACUAGACCCUGUGCCUGAGGUGCGCAGCGUGUCAGCGCGUGCCCUGGGCGCAAUGGUGAGGGGCAUGGGAGAGUCCAGUUUUGAGGAUCUGCUGCCGUGGCUCAUGCAGACACUCACCUCCGAGUCCUCAUCUGUAGACAGAUCGGGAGCGGCACAGGGCAUCAGUGAGGUGGUAGGAGGCCUGGGAGUGGAGAAACUACGUAAACUGAUGCCAGAAAUCAUCAGCACAGCGGAGAGGACUGACAUAGCACCUCACGUGAAGGAUGGUUACAUCAUGAUGUUCAUAUACAUGCCUGUCGUCUUCACCAACGAGUUCACCCCGUACAUCGGACAGAUCAUCACACCCAUACUUAAGGCGCUGGCGGAUGAGAACGAGUACGUGAGAGACACGGCCCUGAAGGCUGGACAGAGGAUAGUGAACCUGUACGCAGACUCUGCCAUCAUGCUGCUGUUGCCUGAACUAGAGCGUGGACUGUUUGAUGACAACUGGAGGAUCAGAUACAGCUCUGUACAACUGCUGGGAGACCUACUGUACCGUAUUUCUGGUGUCUCUGGCAAGAUGAGUACAGAGACGGCCAACGAGGAUGACAACUUUGGUACAGAGCAGUCUCACAAGGCGAUCAUCGAGGCGCUGGGAGGAGAGAGGCGCAACCGCGUGCUGGCCGGACUGUACAUGGGUCGCAGUGAUGUGUCACUGAUGGUGCGACAGGCGGCGCUACACGUGUGGAAGGUUGUGGUAACCAACACACCUCGCACAUUGAGAGAGAUCCUGCCGACACUCUUCGGCCUGUUGUUGGGUUGUCUCGCGUCUACCAGCUACGACAAGCGACAGGUGGCAGCCAGGACUCUAGGUGACCUGGUGAGGAAGCUGGGAGAGCGAGUGCUGCCGGAGAUUAUACCCAUACUGGAGCGUGGCUUGGAGUCCGACCAGCCUGACCAGCGACAGGGUGUGUGUAUCGGUCUGUCCGAGAUCAUGGCAUCCACCAGUCGAGACAUGGUGCUCACCUUCGUCCACAGUCUUGUGCCCACUGUCAGGCGUGCGCUGUGUGAUCCGUUACCGGAGGUGCGACAAGCUGCAGCCAAGACGUUCGACAGCCUGCACUCGACUGUGGGCAACCGAGCUCUAGAUGACAUCCUACCUUCUAUGCUGAACCAGCUGACCAACCCAGAGCCAGGAAUAGCCGAGUGCGCGCUGGACGGUCUGCGCCAAGUGAUGGCUAUCAAGUCACGGGUGGUGCUUCCGUACCUGGUGCCUCAGCUGACUGCCACUCCUGUCAACACCAAGGCACUGUCCAUCCUGGCGGCUGUGGCAGGCGAGGCUCUCACCAAGUACCUGCACAAGAUACUGCCAGCCCUGCUCUCCGUACUGGCCUCCAACCCUGCCAGCACUCAGGAGUUGGAGUACUGUCAGGCUGUUGUAUUGUCAGUAACGGACGAGGUGGGCGUGCGAGCCAUCAUGGAUCAGCUGAUGGAGGUGACGCGCAGUGAGGACGUGUGUAUGCGCCGUGCAGCCGCAACACUCCUUUGUGCAUUCUGCUCCCACACGCGUGCGGACUACAGCCAGUACGUGCCACAGCUGCUGCGCGGGCUGAUACACCUGUUCACAGACCAAGACCGUGAGGUGCUGCAGAUCUCUUGGGAAGCUUUGAGCGCCGUUACUAAGACACUAGACACAGAGCAGCAGAUAAACCAUGUUAACGACAUCAGACAGGCUGUUCGCUUUGCUGUAAGCGAUCUGAAGGGCAGUGACCUGCUACCAGGAUUCUGUUUGCCCAAGGGAAUAACUCCGAUCCUGCCACUGUUUCGAGAAGCGAUACUGAACGGAGUGCCGGAGGUGAAGGAGCAGGCCGCCCAGGGACUGGGGGAGGUCAUCAAGCUGACAUCUGCCGAGGCUCUGCAGCCUUCAGUAGUCCACAUCACUGGGCCUCUCAUCAGGAUUCUGGGAGACAGGUUCAACUGGAGUGUGAAGGCCGCAGUCCUGGAGACUCUGGCUCUGCUCCUGGCCAAGGUGGGAGUUAUGCUGAAACAGUUCCUGCCGCAACUACAGACCACGUUCCUCAAGGCUCUCAACGACGCAAAUCGCCAAGUCAGACUGAAGGCUGCGGCUGCAUUGGGCCACCUUAUCGUCAUACACACUCGGGCGGACCCCCUCUUCUCCGAGCUGCACACCGGCGUCAAGUCUGCAGAGGACCCGGCCAUCAGAGAGACAAUGCUGCAAGCGCUGCGAGGAGUGA